AUCAUCUUCACCAACCGUCUAUUGUCGUGCAAUGUGAGAUAGUUAUACCGAAUAAUAUACAUACUUCGUCUCCGAGCAAUACCGCCGAAAUGCGGACGCGAUCAACAGCUCCCUCUGAGCAGCCCGAAACAGAACAAAAGAAUCUCAAAGCGCCGACUACAGUGCAGACCCCCAGCAGGACAUUCAUUCUCCCCUCAGCUGCAAGUGACGAUGCCAGAUUCAUAACAUUGCCCAAUCCGCGAACUGGGGAGCCCAAUCGCUACUUCUUCUGCCCGAAACUGGGCGUAUAUGAGUUUACCGUCGUAGGGUCUACGCCGCAGUUUCCACGAAGUAUACUCUUCACUCCCAAACAAGACACGAAAAAUUCCAAUGGCGAGAGUGACCGCUCCCAAGUCAAGGGGACUAUCUCCAAAGUUGCCGAACUGUGUGUUGCUACGCCAAUUGAUGUCAUGUUCUUCAUGAUACCUCUGCUGGCCCCUGCCACAUCGACCCAUACCAAGAGGCUUUUCCAGCCGCUCGAUGAUAUCAUUGACUCGCAGGACGAUUUGCCCAGUCAUCUACGGCACAUACUCUACAAUGACCAUUUCCGCAGUGUCUUGCAAUCCCGGGUCGAGGCGGUAUGUGACUCGGUCGAAGCAGGAGAUGAGAAAAUGUUCCGCUUCGACGAGGUCAAGCUCCUCAAGGAACUGAUCGCUAAGGCGGAGCGUCUAGUGGCCCAGGGCCUUCCAGCGAGCUUGGAGGAGCGGUUUGUGCGUCAAGCACUGAUUACGCCCUUGAUGUCCGUCAAACGAGAGGAGACCAUCGUCGGAGGUGCGUCGUCGACGGAAGAUGACGGCGAUGGGGAGUCCCAGGACAAACAGGAAACACAAUCCACAACGACUGCCUCUGUCUCAACACCCUCAGGCGUCUCGACGCCUGCCACCGAACUUUCCUCUGAAUCAAGUCUGGAAUCCGCCACCAGGGACAAUAUGGCCCGUCUCCUGAGAAUCUCCACCGUCCUCUCCUUCAUCAAGGAAUCAUACAUCUCCCCACAACUCUGUGCUAGGCUAGAUGAGUUACUUGCUACACCUGAAACGCCCGUAGAUUUCACACCCCUCCAAGACCAUCUCCAGCAUAUAGCAGAGCUGCGGGCGCAAGCACUGGCAACUCAAUCGCUCGGCGAUUUCAGCCGCAAGCGCGGCGCCGAUGACGACGAAGCUGCAGAGUCCCGCGCCGAGAAAAAGCGCCGCAAAGAAGAGGAAGAGAAGAAGAAGAAGGCCGGAGAAUCCCGCGGUGUGCGAGACCUGAAGAAGGUCAAUACUACGGGAAUGAAGAAGAUGAGUGAUUUCUUUACGAAGGCAGCGCCCAAGAAGAAAUCCUGAGCUUUCUCGCUUUAUCCCAACGAUUGAUCAGCCGUUUCAUCCGCGACAAUUGUUCCCAACAGGAGACGUGAUGGACAAUAGAGCCUCAGUUACCAAGAAGCCAGAAGAGAGCCAUUUCUUAGUAUGGACUUCGAAAGUCAGAUAAUGGGUCAGACCAAGCGUGGUCGUGUUUUCCAGUGCCAAGGCAACCUUAGCUUGAGGCCUAAUAAGCGCCAUGACCCAAGCAUGAUUCCUCGUGCCUGCAGUCCACACACGCUUCAUUGAUUCUGGACAAUACUGCUACAAAAACCAGACCCACCCACGCAACAUACCGACCGGUCUCUGGCCGAUCGAGUGAACUCUGUACUGAUUGUGAGAUAUAAGCAAUCAUACUCAAACCAUGCCUAGCUUGAAUAGAUGUCACAGACAUGCAUGUAUUUUAUACCCCUGCGUCUGGAUUUAAGAAGGACAAUCCAAUCGCCCUAGAGAU